AAGCCAAAAAUCAACCCUUGAGCCUUACAAAAUCACAAAGCAAUUCCACUUUUAAGGAGGCCCUCGCCUUUAUAAACAAGGGCCCAAACAAAAACAAGCUCCCUGAGUCAGGCUCAGGAAACGACUGCUCACGAAUUAUUGCCCAUUUUUCUGCUCGAAUUUUUUUUACCUAACGGACCCGUCUUGCGCACUCUACCAAACAUCAUGUCUUCCUCAAACCAACCCUUCCAGGACGACGAAACGAUGGAUGAGGAGCAUCAGGACGUCAUGCUCGAUGCCGCAGAGGCUGGCGAAGAAAUUCUACAGGAUGACGAUGCGCAUAUGGAAUCCGAUGACGAUAACGAGGAUCCUUCAGCUCUGCAAGAAAUCCAGCUUCAAAACGACAGCGUAGCCCAUUUCGAUACUCACAAAGACAGCAUUUUCUGUAUUGCGCAGCAUCCUCGUCUACCAGAUAUCGUCGCGACCGGUGGAGGCGAUGACCUAGCCUACGUUUUCAACAGCACACCUCCGGACCAACCAGUCUUGCCUGCGAGCUAUCAAACGCAACCUGCCGAACCCACCGAACGCGAGACUCUCAACACAAUUUCUAAGCUCGAAGGCCACACCGACUCUGUCAAUGCUAUAACAUUUACACUGCCUCACGGCGAAUUCGUCGUUACCGCGGGCCUGGACGGCCGACUACGUGCAUACAGAGAUACUUCUGGAAACGCAAGCGGGCAGAAAUGGACCUUCCUUGCGGAGGCUCAAGAAGUUGAGGAAAUCAACUGGCUCGUUCCCUGCCCGCAUCCUGACUAUCCUAAUACUGUGGCUAUCGGCGCCAAUGACGGUUCUGUCUGGGUGUACACCAUCAAUGCGGCAGACAAGGCUUCUCCCUUGACAAUCGUCCAAGCAUUCUACCUACACACCAUGGCUUCGACGGCAGGCGCAUGGACGCCAGACGGAAAGCUUCUGGCGACUGUCUCCGAGGAUGGCACCUUCUACGUGUGGGACGUCUUUAGCGAGGCCGCUGUGGCGGGUGUUGGUCAGGGCGAAGGUGGUCAGGCAGUCGUUGGUCUCACCCCAGAGGAUCAGCGGUUCGCUGUCGAGGGUGGUCUGUAUAGCGUUGCUGUCGCCCCAUCAGGAACAUUCGCCGCGGUUGGUGGUGCAGGUGGUAUCGUAAAAAUUGUCGGCCUUCCGCGGAUUGGCGCCGACCCUUCUGUCACUGCUGGCGCUAAGGGUGCCGGAGCAUCAAGCAAGAACCGAGGUGGCAAGCGCGGGGGUGGACCGACUGGAGGAAACUCCACAGCUUCCUCAACCGGAGCCGGCCAGGCCGGACAAAUUCUUGCUUCGCUCGCCACGCAGAGCGAUGGAGUCGAGACGCUGUCAUUCGCAGCUCCGCCAUUGACUCUCCUUGCUGCAGGCAGUGUAGAUGGAUCAAUUGCGCUUUACGAUACUGCGCAUCGAUUUGCCGUACGGAGACAUAUCAAGGAGGCCCAUGAGGAAUACGCGGUUGUCAAGGUUGAGUUUUUGCCCCCCAGCUCAGUCUCCUCCGCUGGUGAUGCUGCUGGAGUCCCUGCGGGCAGCUGGUUGCUGACUUCGGCUGGUAUGGACGGCGUGGUCCGUCGAUGGGAUACCAGAGGAGGAACGGCCGCUGCAGCACAGGGUCUUGCAGCGGAGUGGAAGGGCCACCGAGGUGAAGGCGAAGGCGGCGGUGUCCUUGGAUUUAUCCAGGGUGGCGGUAUUGGACGCGUCGUUACGGCUGGAGAUGAUGGUGUUUCCCUCGUUUUCCCUGCUACGACAUCAUAAAUUUCCUCCUGCCGAUGACGGUCUAUAAAUUUGGCUUUGUAUAUAUGUUGGACGGCAUCACGCUAAAGAGAUGAUUGCAUAUUUUCGUAUUAACAGGGCUGGGGUUCUAGACUAGAUGAAUAUAAAAUAUAAUCGUCUGGCAAAUAUGGUCCGUUGUGCUCUGUUUACUCAUAGGCU